ACGCACAUUCAAGCAAGAAAGAGACUUAAAUACGAAAUCAAACAUGUAUAGCCUUACUUGUUCAUAUGAAGAGACGCACUUGAUCAUCUUAAUUCUUUUUGCAUAAAACAUAAUAUUUUUUGUUAAUUUAUUCGGAUGCUAUUUUAGAAAUAUAAUAAGAUAUAGCUCGUGGUUAUACCUUCUCUGCCUGCACUUACUAGAACCAAUGGAAAAUCAGGACAGCAGUGCGUCACCUUCUGACUUUCAGAAUGUCAUAAGGGAGAUAAACAGUACGGAUGACGUCGGCAUGGAGCUCGAACCACCAGAGGACGGAUCUACACUACAACAACCACCAAACGGUGGACGCCGAGCCUGGCGGAUAGUUAUGUCAUGUUUAUGUAUUAAUGGAUUAAUAGUUGUUCUUCGUGUUAUGAUAUAUAACAGUCUGACGGCUAUGUCCAUCUAUAAUCAUGUACCUGGAGGAACGCUAAAUGAAAUCGGAAAUGAAUAUCCUGCGCUCGUCCCAGUGUAUAGUCCUCUUGCGGCAUAUGUAAUGAUUUCGCGUGGCUAUCGGAAGACUGUCUGUAUUGGCGCUGGCAUUGUCAUGGUAACAAUGAUCAUCUUGUCAUUACUGGAAGGAAACGCAGGGUUGAUAAAAUUUUUGAUGUAUGGACCCAUUGCAAUUGGGAUCAGCUUUAUAGAGUUUGGCGGGUUGAUUCCGGUUUUGGAAUAUUUUACAACGAAAAGAAUGGCGGCUUUAUUUCUUUCGAGAUUAGGUCCGUUUAUUGCAGCUAUAAUCCUUACUAUCAUUUCCAUAUUUGAGCCAGGAAUAUUCACAGCCAGCUGGAGGGACGUCUUAAGGGGUCCUUCGGGGAUAUGUGUUGGUAUAUGGCUAUUUGGUAUGACCCUUAAAGAGCUCAAACUCGCAAUGAGAGAUGACGAGUCAGCAACAUUUGUACAGAGAACCUUUGGUGUUUUUAAUAAGAGCAUUUUCAAAAAUGUGCUGUUUUGGUCCACCUGUAUUGUAUACUUCUUCUACCAAUGGGGUAUCGAAACACCCAAAGAGGAAUUAAAAAGAUUUGUUGGUAUGGGUGAUAGCCUUCCUAAAUUACUUACUUAUGCAUUUAGUGCUCCUUUCGGUCUGAUACUUGGAAAAUUUUUGGCAUGGAUAUUCAACAAAAUGGCCUUUAAUAAGAAAAGUGGGUGGUUUCUGCAAAACUUAGAAGGUAGACGACUUACUAUCAUAUUUGGUGUCUUGGCGGCAUCAACUGUUGUUUCAAGCAUUGGAUGUUUUAUUGCUCCAAGUGUAUUAAACUUCGGCUAUUUUACAACAUUUAGUCUACUUUUUUCAACAUUUCAUGGAUUCUGUGAAGCUGUCAGAGACAAUUUAGUUCCCGAAGUUUUUGGGAGGGAAAAUACAAAAGUUGUUGAAGGAUUCAUACUCAUGUUGGCUGGCAUUGGUGCGAUUAUAAACCGUGAAAUUAUAGAAGUAAUACACAACGAUUAUGACUGGAAGACAGUAUAUCGAUAUGGAGGCGGUAUGUUGAUGUUAUCGUCUGUUGUUACGAUUGUGGUCGUCGUUGUAGACAGAUUAAAAGCGCGCCAAAAUUCAUGGAAUUCGAGAAUGUGAGAAACAACCAAGAGCACGCUGCUACGUCUGGUGUACAAAGGUUUUGAACAAUAAUACCUCUUCACCAACUGUCGAACCGAACUUAUUUUCAUUGAAUUCAAGUUUUUUAUUUAAGCAGGAAAACAAAACAAAAAUUGGAUGUUAAAUGUUGAAUUAAUUUGGAGAUAAUUUUUUUUAUUGAGUUUGAUUUUAAGCUCAGUCAGUGUCUAUACUGUUCCUCGGUGUCUAUUUUAUAUGCUGUACUUCAUCACAAAUGUAGCUUUUUUAAAUAAACUUAAAUGUGUU